GUGGAAACGGAAAGCAACACCGGUGGAAAUUCUUCAUCCAAAGAACACCUUCAUCCAAUUACGAUCUGCAGAAAGACCCGCCCAGGGAAUUUCUCUGCCCAGUUUUGGGCCGAUUGAUGUUUGACCCGGUCGUCGUUUCCUCCGGCCACACCUUCGAGCGCACAACCGUUCAGGUUUGCAAGGAUUUAGGUUUCAAACCCCAGGUCCCCGACGGCCGGACCCCUGAUUUUUCCGCCGUGAUUCCCAAUCUCGCUCUCAGGGAGACGAUUCUGAACUGGUGCGACAGGUCCGGCGCCGGCAAACCUAAACAGCCGGAUUAUUACGCUGUUGAGUCAACCGUUCGGACAGCGAUGAUGAUGACCAGUGAAUCGAGCCGUGUUCAAGACGAUUCUAGAUUCGCCGUUUCGGAAAAGGAACUGCUCAUAGCUGUUGCCGAUCAUCCUCCGCUGCGUCUUUCUCACGCCGUUACGGAGCUGACUCCGAGGAGGCAUAGUCUCCACAACAGCUACUAUUCUUCCAGUUCCGAAGAGUCUGUGAUUGGCUGUACCUCGCCGUCUUUAGUGCCGUUUACGGACCAGCCGGCGGCGAUUUUAUCCGCCGCGACGUCCCAGUCGAACUCGUCGGAUAUAAUUUCGGAGGAAGCUCCGUCCUCUGCUUCCAACUCGUCGUCAACGUCGUCGCCAGAUGAAUACUAUGUCGUACGGUUCGAGAAUUUGGAUUCAUUUGACCAGGAACAAGCCGUGAUUGAGCUCAGAAGGACGACAAGGACGAAUGAAGAAGCUAGGGUUUCGCUUUGCACUUCCCGGCUGUUAUCGGGGCUGAAGCCGCUGUUAGUGUCCAAGUACGCCGGAAUUCAGGCGAACGCCAACGCCGCUUUGGUCAACCUCUCGCUUGCAAAAGUCAACAAGCUGAAGAUCGUUCGAGCAGGGAUUCUCCCUCUUUUGAUUGACGUUCUCAAGGGCGGGUUCGAGGAGUCCAGGGAGCACGCCGCCGGGGCGAUAUUCAGCCUCGCCCUUGAAGACGACAAUAAGAGCGCUCUCGGUGUAUUAGGCGCGUUGCAGCCGCUCCUGCACGCGCUUCGGACCGGGACCGAGCAAACUCGCCUCGACUCGGCGCUAGCUCUCUACCAUUUAACCUUAGUCCAGAGCAAUCGAUCGAAGCUGAUCAAGCUCGGAGCCGCCAGUGCGCUGGUCGGGAUGCUGGAAGGCGGCCAUUUGGCAGGGAAAGUGGUGCUGGUGGUGUGUAAUUUGGCGUUGUGCGCGGAGGGGAAAACGGCUUUGCUGGAUGCUCACGCGGUGGAGGUGCUGGUGGGGUUGCUGAGGGACGGCGGGGCGUUGGACGAGUCAACUCGAGAGAAUUGCGUGGCGGCUCUCUACACGCUGGGGCAGGGGAGCUUGAGGUUUAACGGGUUAGCCGUUGAUGCAAAUGCGGUGGAGGUGUUGCAAGCGGUGGUGGACAGAGGAAGCGAACGGGCUAGGGAGAAGGCCAAGUAUUUGCUGGCGGCGCUUACCGGCCAACACGAGGACGUCGACUAGGAAGAGGAGUUGGGGGCGGAGUGAGCUCCGAGUUGUAAAAAAGUAGCUCAGUCGUAACUCAACCGAGUUCUAAACUCGAGCUUGAAAAUUUGGUAAAGGGGGAGUUGCGGUUAUUAGGGGUCUCUGUUGUUUCUUUCUUUCUGUAUAUGCAUUAUUGCGUUCUUUGUCAAAAUUUGAACUCUUUUUUUGCAUGUUUUUUGGGACCUAAGUCCUCUUUGUGGAAUAUAUAUCUUUUCAUAUUUUUAAUAAUUACUCCCUUCGUCCCAUAAAAUAGUUCUCGGUUUUCAUUUUAAAUUGUUC